UACUGACCGCUUAUUGUGAGGCUGUCCAAGGUCGCUGAAACGAAACGGCGGGCGACUUUGAAAAGAUAUAACUUUUCUACCGUGCCGUUGGUAUAUGUGCUUUUAGUUUCGAUCUUAAGACUGCAGUAAUCCGAGGCUUGUGUUAUUUCGGACUGUCGUUUACUGCUUUUGUUGAUAAGUUCAAGUUCAUCGUGUGGACUUGCUGGGUUGUUGACUCACGUUUUCUUCGGUUCUCUUUUCCAGUCCCCUUCACUCACGCUAGUUCCAUUUCUCCCUUAGUAAACAAAAAUAUCUUGUGACUAAGCACAGGUUGCUACUUCUCUGAUGAGUAACAAGCCAUCUGUGGGCUGUGAGCGUUGUGUGGAUUCUCUCGUGUCUCUUUGGAGCUUCGUAUGUGGUUCUACUUUGUUUCUAUUCCUUCUUUACAUUGAUGUUUCCUCUUCGAUAUUAAACUGUGUUUUUAAGUCCCUUCUUCUUCAGAGUUGUUUGCUAGUCCCCGCAUCGCUAAUCGUUGUAUCUAACGUAAGCAGAUUUGUCAAUGGCGUCCAUCAAUGCCCUAUUUAUGGGAACUUUUGGCGCGCAUACUUUCUAGGCUGUGUUUUCGGUCUUGGAUCAUUCUUUGCCUUUCAAUCUGCCAUGAGGAAAAUUCGAAGUGACUUUUGUACAUUUGGAAUUUAUCUUGACUUCCUUGCAUUUUUCCACUGGUCCGAGUUUUAUUUCACUUCCAUUUACAACCUGAGUAAUUGUUCACUUGACAUAUAUAUGCUCACACAUAGCUCUGAAUAUGUUCUAGCCCUUACCGCGAGUGUACUUGAGUACUGGCUAGAGAAAUACUUCCUAUACGACGUGUUUUCAUCAUAUAGAUGGAGUAUUACUGUUAUCAACUGUCUGGGGUCUGGAAUGUGCAUUUUCGGCGAAGUUUUACGUAAACUAGCUCUGCUCACAGCUGGGGGAAAUUUCAAUCAUUAUGUGCAGUUCACAAAAAAUCGCAAACAUCAGUUGGUAACAAGUGGAGUUUACUCGUGGUUUCGCCAUCCGGCUUAUGUUGGGUGGUUCUGUUGGUGCAUUGGUACUCAGAUUUUACUGAUCAAUCCCUUGUGUCUAGUCGCUUAUACUAUAAUGACAUUUGUUUUUUUCAAAGGAAGAAUAUAUGCUGAAGAAAAGGCACUAGUAGAUUUUUUCGGAGAAAGUUAUCGAAAGUAUCAAAAAUUGGUUUCUACUGGAAUACCUUUCAUACAUGGAUAUGUAUCUCACUAACUCAUGUCGGUGAUGAGAAGUGUCAUUUUAUGUAAAAUUUUUACAAAAUAAACCUCUCCAACCGUA